CACCAAUGGUGAGUCGGUCGGCAGCGACCGCCUUCUCACUUGUGUCCAUGCGUAGAUGAAUCUCUCUACGCCAUUUCCUUUGAGGACGAUGAAGAAGCAUCGCCCCCGCCUCUGGUAGACGAAGCCGUCGAGGCAGUCUUUCAGCAUACACCCGCCACAUCGCACUCUCCAUGCACAGACCAUUCAGGACAAAUUCGUUCCAGCAGCAUCAGCCACGAUACAACACUCAAUAAGGCUAGACAUACCACGCUGGUCAAAUCGCAGAGCUUCCAUCUUCCAGAGGACUCGCUUCAUCUCUCGGCAAGCAAGCCCAGCAACGACUUGAUUUGGAUUCAACAGUUCGAUCCGCGAACGAGGACAUUCUACUACAUCAACGCCACCACGGGCGACUGUACCACCGUCAAGCCUCGCUUCGUAUCGAAAGCCAAAGCUCGUGAUCCAUCGCAUGCGGCGGCGCUCGUCAUCCAGUGCGCCGCUCGCGUGCGUCGUGCCAGGCUCAUUGUGAAGUCCUUGCGAGAUGCGCCGGCAUUCCAUGCCGUCAACGAACACGCCACUGCCACCACGGACGCGUCGGCCAUCAUGCACGAAGCGUACGUUCGAAAAUGUCGCCAUGUCAAUGUUCUGCUCGACGAUCUAUCGCUUGCGAUUUCCCACCGCCAUGUCAUUGCCAGUCACCACGACGACGCUCAGAUGGUUGCAUCUCUCGCAGCGUUGCAUGCAGAGUUCAAAGACACAUGGACGUAUAUCAAGUCGACGUUCGAUGCCACCAAACAGGUCGUUGAAGACCCCGCGGCGCUCCUGCACCUGCACAGCGAAGACCUGAAUACCACGCUGGUCCAAGUGCGCAAGGCGUGUCUGCAACUGCAUCGCACUAUCGCGUCGCACGACGAAUCGUUCAUGGCGCUGGAUCUGUUUCGGGUGAACCAAGCACGGCUCCAGUUUUCCAAGUGGUCUGUCCCUGCAGCUCACGAUGAUGGAGCGCUGCACAAGGCGCAUUUGCGCGUGGAAGGCCAGCUGCGCAAGACGAUGGGUGCUGCGGGGUUUCAGAGUCUCACGGGGGGCAUGGCCGUCCCUCCGUCGCGAUCGUUUACCGAAUGGCAUGGCUCGGUUGUGGCCAUGUUGGCGUCCGUGGCGGCAUACGAAGCAUUGCUGGAGAUCGACGCAAGUUCCCCAAGCACCAGUGGCAACAACACUAAGGACACUUUAAAUAUCGAGAACAUUGGUAGUACGCAAGGCACAUUGUGUGAAGCAGCAGCAGUACUGCCGUCCCAACUGCAAUCCACGUCCGCAGGAGAUAGUCGUGUCCUUCCAAAGCAAGCGAGACGUACAAAGAUGUCGUUGGAUAUCUCCGAGCUGCGCCAAUGCUGGAUCGACGGCGUCAAGUUACGCGAGGCAGACCUAGCGGCCGCCGCUCAAGCCGAAAAGGACGCGAUUCAUAUGCGCGCAGUGGAGCGGCAGGCCAUUCAAAGCGCCCAGGAGAAGUUCCGCAACGACCAGCACAAGCGGAAAUUGACCAUUUGGGAAGCAGUCAUUGAAGGAUGGCCUGUGGAGAAAAUCAACCAGCUCGCGGUUGCAGAGGGCAAAAAGGCGGCUCAAGACGGUGCCGGAGCUUUCCGACUGCGCGAUUCGCAAGCUGAGAACGGCCGCACGCUGCUCCAGUUGGCCUGCUGGUCGGGUCAUGUGCAUUUGGUACGAUAUUUCGUGGACAAGGGGUCCAACUUGGGGCAAUUCGACUGCGUGAACAAUCGGUUUUCGCUCCUUCACGACGCCGCCCGCGCAGGUCGCGCCGAUGUGGUGCGCGUACUUCUGGAAUAUGGACUGCCAUGCAAUAUCCUCGACAACUAUGGCGACAACCCAGUGCACUGGGCGGCGCGGCGAAAUCACGUCGAUACGGUGCAGGCGUUGUUGGACUUACCAUUGAAAGACGUAGCCACUGCCUCCCCUACAGUCAUUUCAACAGCCCAAAUCACACGAUGGCGAAGUGUGCUGGCCACCAACGGUCGCGGCAAGCGGCCUGCGCACCUCACGACCCUCCAUCGGCUCCGCACAAUCCUGAUGGGUUUGACUUGCCAUCCUUCAUUCAUUCGUUACGCAUGUGGCGUAGACUUUGAACUGGUGGCUCAAGCAGGCUUGGAACAGUACAACCGCCAAGGGGCCAGCGAAGCAGCGAUGCUCAAACGCAGAGAUGGGCUCGGACCACCCCCUGUGAAGAGGAUCCCCUUGACGUCGGGUGGGGGGAAUAGUGGUGGCAGCAGUCGGGGGAUGGUUCCGCAGCGGUGUCACGUUGAUGUAGCCGACUCCGCGUCACCCCCCUCCUCCUCGUCGCCGUCCACUUCGGGAGUCCGAACGACGGACCCCCCUGUCGUCGACGGUCGUCGGCAACGUGAAUUCCGCGUCAAACAAGCCACGGCUCGUGCGGUCAAGAACUUUGAAAAGGAAGGGCGCAAGCAUGCCAACGUGCAAUUGGCAGGUCGAGUGUUCAGGCACAGCCUCCAACCCACGAGCAGUGCGUUCGCCAUCAAGACCGACGACAUGGAUAUAUUCCUCGAUCAUGUCGUAGAGUAAUGGAUAAUUGAAACGCAAGAUAGUUACGA